AUGGCUCAGGCCGAUGGUGCAUCGCCGAAGGAGCAAAUACUGGAAGCCUGCCGGAGGGACAAUGUGGAGCUAUUCCAUGAAGUGUUGAACGAAUUUCAAGCCAAGAGCAAGGAGGAGAUAGCAGAAUUCUUCAACACUGUCACGGACACGAUGGGCAACCAUCUGUUGCAUGUAUGCGCGAACUACGGAGCAUAUGACGUUAUGGAUGAGCUACUGAAUAUCGAGUACCUCGAGUGCGAUCCUUUGACAAGGAGGGACAAGGAGACACCCAUUCAUUGUGCGGUCCUGUAUGCCAACGAACGAGAAGUUGAACUAGGGGAAGCUAUGGCGAAGAUGUUGAUCGAGGCUGGAGGCGAUCCCAGAGUGAAAGACCGACACGGCAGGAAACCUGCAGAGAUAUGUACUCCCCGGACUGAGGAGCUCCGCAGCAUUCUGAUCAAGGAAGAAUAUGCCCUCAACGAAGGGCUCAAGCAUACCAAUACACAGUCGGAGGAGGACGAAGACGAAGCUGACGCCGGAUCAGCGUCUGAUUCGAAUUAA